AUCCGGGAUCAGGACAUUGUGUGAAGGACAGGUGGCUCUGGUUAGGGGGCGGGGCGUCCCUGCAAGGAGGUGGGAAGGGAGGCCCCAGGGAGUUCUGAAACAGGGAAGGGCCUUAGUGUUGUGGGGCAAGGGUGUUAGGUCUCGAAUCUGAAAGUGUUCCUGAGUGGGGCGUCAGAGGCGCAGGGCUCUGCAGGCUGGGACCUUGUCCCUGCACUCUGUGGGCUCAGUUGUGGGGAGGGAGGGGCAGGUGGGCAGGAGGGAGAAGUUUGCCCUGCCUGCCAGCUGUCAUGAGGCUGGGCCACACAGGCCCAGGCCAGGGGCUAAGGACUUGGUCAGGACUGGCUGAGCCAUCAUUUUGGAUCAGAUCUCCAGUUGCACAGUGUGACCGGCUCCUCCCUCACUGACCCCAAGCCUGCUCCUCUCAGCUUUCAGGAUCCCACCUUCCUUAUCACCAGGUCUUCUCCACUGGCCCCUGAGAUUGCCAUCACCUCCAGCUCCUCCUCUCCUGAAGUUGGCAGCCCCUCCUGGGUUCCAGCCUCCUGAGAUGCCAGACCCACUGGGGCAGCACCCACAGGCCCUGAGCCUACAUCACCCAUCCCAGUGACACCCCAAGCCUGCAGCAUUUUCCACCCCCAGCCCCCUGGCCCCACCUUGCCUUCAGCCCACCUUCCCACCUGCUACAGGGAGGGCACUCGGCUGAGCCUUCAGACACAACUUGCACCCCAUCUGCUCACCUCUGAAUUUCUUCUGGCCCUCCCUUGGCUUCACAGCACCUGAAGGCCAGGCUGAGGACCCCUGCUCUCAUGGCCAGCCCCGGAAAGCCUGGGGCUGAUGAGGCCCAGGAGGAAGAGGGGGAGCUCGAGGGGGGCUCUGCAGGGCCACAGACUGCAAUGCUGGAGCAGGCAGAGGAGCUGUUUCUGCUGUGUGACAAGGAGGCUAAGGGUUUCAUCACCAGGCACGACCUGCAGGGUCUCCAGAGCGACCUACCCCUCACACCAGAGCAGCUGGAGGCUGUGUUUGAAAGUCUGGACCAGGCUCACACUGGCUUCCUCACCGCCCGGGAGUUCUGCCUGGGUCUGGGGAUGUUUGUGGGGGUGGAGUCGGCCCAGGGAGCGAACCCCUGCAGGACUCCCGAGGAGACCUUCGAGUCGGGCGGGCUCGACGUGCGGGGCACGGGGGGAUCUCUGGAUGAGGAGGAGGAAGAGGAGGAGCCAUACCCCACGGCGCUGGAGCAGCUGGGGGUGGCCCCGGUCCUGGGCGAGCAGCGGGCUGUGAGGACACUCUGGGCCAGGCUGCAGCGCGAGCGCCCCGAGCUGCUGAGCUCUUUCGAGGAUGUUCUGAUACGCGCGUCGGCCUGCCUGGAGGAGGCGGCCCGGGAGCGCGACGGCCUGGAGCAGGCGCUGCGGAGGCGCGAGAGCGAGCACGAGAGGGAGGUGCGCGCUCUGUACGAGGAGACGGAGCAGCUUCGUGAGCAGAGCCGGCGCCCGCCGAGUCAGAACUUCGCCCUUGGGGAGCGGAGAAGCCGCCUGGAGCUGGAGCUGCAGAGCCGCGAGCAGGACCUGGAACGCGCGGGCCUGCGGCAGCGGGAGUUAGAACAGCAGCUGCACGCCCGGGCUGCGGAGCACCUGGAGGCGCAGGCCCAGAACUCCCAGCUGUGGCGGGCGCACGAGGCGCUGCGAACGCAGCUGGAGGGGGCGCAGGAGCAGAUCCGCAGGCUGGAGAGCGAAGCGCGAGGCCGCCAGGAGCAAACCCAACGAGACGUGGUCGCCGUCUCCAGGAACAUGCAGAAAGAGAAAGUCAGCCUGCUACGGCAACUGGAGCUGCUCAGGGAGCUGAAUACACGGCUGCGGGAUGACAGGGACGCCUGCGAGGCCAGGCGGGCGGCCAGCAGCUGCAGGAAGGCUCUGACAACAGCCCGCUUGCCUGGGCCCACCUGCUGCUGCUGCUGUUGCUGGGCUCGGCCCCCCAGACGCGGCUCUGGCCACCUUCCCAGUGCCCGGUAACCAGCCCCGAGUGACUCAUGGACCAUGAGCUAGAAGCUGCCCUUGCAGGAGGCUUGUCAUGGGUGGGGGGUGCCCACUCAGGAUGCAGGCUCUCCCCAGGGGGCCCCAGGCUCGCCUGACUGGAGACAUGAAGGACCUAGCCCGGGAGUGGCCAGGGUCCCGCGUGCCGUCUGCCAGUCUUCGCUCUGUCUCCAUUCAAUCAACCCCAUCUCAGUUCAGCAGAAAAACCCCCUCGUCAAAUAAAACCCACUGACUGCA